CAGGCAGAGAGCAGUCGGGCUCCGCUGGAUGCGCUGUUGGUUGUUCUGGUUUUCGCCUCAUCCCCGGCACUCAGCGCUCCUUCCCCAGUCAAUCAGAACUUGAAGGACUAUGACUGAUAGAGCCUUCUCCCAGUUCAAGGUGAUCCAGCAGGGAAGAUAAGACAUUUAUGUCCUGUACGUCCUACACUGCCUUCAGAGACAUGAGGACUAUCUCACUGGGCGUUGUUUUGCUCUGUCUUGGCCUGUCCUUGCACGCUUUGUCUUUCAAUGGACGGGGAAAAGAGACAAAGGAUGGAGAGAGAACUGAAGCGGUGAUCAGAGGAGAGAAGCUGCUCAAAAGAGUGAGACGAGGCUGGAUGUGGAACCAGUUUUUCCUGCAGGAGGAGUAUACAGGCAGCGACUACCAAUACAUCGGCAAGCUCCAGUCAGACCAGGACCAUGGCAAUGGCUUAGUCAAGUAUGUUCUGUCUGGAGAGGGGGCAGGGUCCAUCUUUGUCAUUGAUGAGAACAAUGGUGACCUGCACGCCACUCGCCGCCUGGAUCGUGAGGAGAAGGCUUUUUAUAUUCUCCGAGCCACAGUGGUAAACAAACGGACAGGUCAGAAGCUGGAACCGGAGACAGAGUUCACCGUCAAACUCCACGACAUCAACGAUAACGAGCCGUCGUUCAGCAAAGAAGUUUACUCCGGCAGUGUGCCUGAGAGGUCUGAUAUUGGUACAUCAGUCAUCCAGGUGACAGCUACAGAUGCUGAUGACAGUAUGUAUGGGAACAGUGCCAAACUAGUGUACAGCAUCAGCCAGGGACACCCGUACUUCUCUGUGGACCCAAACACAGGUGUGAUCCGGACAGCCUUGGGUCCUGGUGACAUGGACCGUGAGCAGAGGGAGCACUACCAGGUGGUGAUUGAAGCUAAAGAUAUGGCUGGACAGAGAGGAGGGCUCACUGGAACUACCGUGGUGAACAUCACCCUCACUGACGUCAACGACAACCCUCCCUGCUUCGUUCAGAGUAUUUACCAGUUCAAAAUUUCGGAGUUGUCCAAGGCUGGCACUUCAGUUGGAAGGAUUGUAGCCACAGACAGAGACAUCGGGAAGAAUGCUGAGAUGUACUUCUCCAUCGUCAGUGGAGACGGCAUGGACAUGUUCGACAUCUCCACCGACAAAGACACCCAGGAGGGAGUUAUCAGUGUCAGCAAGCCUUUGGACUUUGAGAAGAAGCCUUCGUACACUGUGGAGAUCCAGGUCCAGAACACCCAGGUGGACCCUCGCUUCAUGUCCGCAGGCUCCAAAGACAUGGCCACGGUUCGGAUUGCUGUGGAAGACGAGGAUGAGCCGCCACUGUUCGACAAAGCCAGCUACCUGAUGGAGGUGAAGGAGGACGCUGCGGUGGGCGCGGCUGUGGGCUCGGUCAGCGCCAUGGACCCUGAUAGAGUUCGCAGCAUGGUCAAGUACUCUAUCGACCGCCGCACUGACAUGGAUCGCCUGUUCAACGUCUAUCCAGGGAACGGAUCUGUGUUCCUGCUCAAAAGCCUGGACAGAGAGGAGACCGCCUGGCACAACAUCUCGGUCAUCGCCACUGAGUUCAAUAAUCCCCGUCAGAGCAGCCAUGUUCCUGUAUACAUCCGCCUGCUGGACAUCAACGACAACGCCCCCACCUUUGCCACCACAUAUGAAACUUUUGUGUGUGAGAGGACCAAGGCAGGUCAGCGGAUCCAGACAGUGAGCGCGGUGGACGCUGAUGAGCCAUCAAUGGGACACAAGUUCUUCUUCAGCCUGGCUCCUGAAGGGACACAUCGCAGCAACUUCACUGUCCGAGACAACGGAGAUAACACCGCUGGCAUCCUGACACGUCGUGCCAGCUACAGCCGUCUUCACCAGAGCGUCUACCUGGUUCCUGUGGUGAUCACCGAUGGCGACUACCCCAUGCAGAGCAGCACGGGCACUCUCACUGUGAGGGUGUGCACAUGUGACCGUGAAGGCAACAUGGAGCUGUGUAAUGCUGAGGCUCUGAGCAGCUCGCCUGGACUCAGCACUGGAGCGCUCAUUGCCAUCCUGCUGUGUGCCAUUAUACUGCUGAUGAUCGUGGUUCUGUUCACAGCGUUGAAACGCCAAAGAAAGCAGGAGCCACUCAUCAUCUCUAAGGAGGAUGUGCGGGACAACGUAGUGAGCUACAAUGACGAGGGCGGAGGCGAGGAAGACACCCAGGCUUUCGACAUCGGAGCACUGCGACACCCGGACGCUGCCGCCGCCCUAGAGGAGUCCGCCAAACAGAGGCGUGACAUCAUCCCCACUGACACCCUGCUGUAUCCACCACACCGCCGCCCUCCUCCCGCCGCCUCUGGCCUCAUCAUGCCGCCAGUCGGCAUGGCGACAAGGGAUAAUGGGGACGUGCGCGAGUUCAUCAAUCAGAGAGUGCUGGAGAACGACUGUAACCCGACAGCACCGCCGUAUGACUCACUGGCCACCUAUGCCUACGAGGGUGCUGGCUCAGUGGCCGAGUCACUGAGCUCACUGGGCUCUGCGUCAUCUGAGGCCGAGCAGGACUACCACUACCUGAGUGACUGGGGGCCCAGGUUCAGGAAACUAGCUGACCUGUACGGGGCUGAGGACAGUGACUUCUGCUAACAGAGACACCACAGCCACACUCAUGUUCAUGUCAAAGACCGCUUCAGGAAAGAUUCAGACCAAUGCAGGGCUCAGGACAGCAUCAUCUUACCACAAACUCAAUAUAGAGACUGUGUACAUUUGUGAUGAGUUUUAAGAAAAGUCAUUUAAAAAUAUAAACAAAUUCCAUUUAAUGGGAUAUUCAAGAAAACCACCUGAUUCUUGACCUAUCUUCACUGCACAUGGAUCCAAAAAUGGAGCUCACCAAAUAAUUUUCAAUAAGGGACAAAAGUCCUAAAUAUUUGAUUGGGGAAUGAGAAUUAACCUUUGAAACCCAUGCAACUUGGCAACGGGAUAUGAGGAAAAGGCAACAAGCAAUGAAAGAGAUGACCCCCAUAAAAUAGCAAAAGAACUGUUG